AUGGGCCGCAAAAAAAUUCAAAUUACAAGGAUACAAGAUGAGCGUAAUCGACAGGUGACAUUUACUAAACGAAAGUUUGGAUUGAUGAAGAAGGCAUAUGAAUUAUCUGUUUUGUGUGAUUGUGAAAUAGCUCUAAUUAUUUUCAAUUCAACAAAUAAAUUAUUCCAAUAUGCAAGUACUGAUAUGGAUAAAGUACUACUGAAGUAUACAGAAUAUAAUGAACCACAUGAAAGUCGAACAAACGCAGAUAUUGUUGAAGCACUGCAAAGGAAGGAGAAUAAAUCGGGUGGAGUGGAAUCAGAUGAAGAUUCUCCAGGUUCUUCAACUCCAAAUGGUGCAAGUUCAAAUAACGGGCCUGCUGUGAGUAGUACUACAACUACUAGCACUUCAUCAAGUAUGGACUUCAAUGGUGUCACUAAUAAUAUUGCACAACAAAUUUUCAAUUCUAAUGUAUUCCUUUCACAUCCUAUUGUAUCGUACAGUAACUCAAGAGAUGCAACAAAUACUUCACUGAAUCGGCCACAGCAACAAAUAGAACAAGUAAAGGGUCAUCAGUUAAGCUUUCCAUCAACUAGUUCAUUUCUAGAUUAUACUGAUUGCUCUAGUAGUCCACGUUCUGUUGCUGCUUUUACAAGUAGUAGUAGCCGGAAUUGUGCUGAUAGUCCAAUUUCUUCUCAUGAUCAGCAGCAACAACACAUUAAUAUCAGUCAGGGAACACAGAAUGAAGCACAGCUGCAGUUACAACUUCCUCUCUCUGAAACUGUAGCGAUAGCAGCAGCUCGAAAUCAUGCAGUAUCAUCUGAUUUAAAUCGAAAUUCGGUUGUUGCUACUGGAACAGAUAUAAGUGAGCUGAAUCGUGCAUCGAGUCAGGUACAACAACGGCAUAUUAAUGUGGUAGCAGCGACCAGUAGUUCUCCUUGGUUAUCAGCUAUGCAGCCUAAAGUUUACAUCAAAGAUGAACCUAGUUCUCCACCUGAGAAAAGAACUCGACUUCAGGAUUGGCAAGCACAGUCGAUUACAUGA